AGAAUGCAAUAGCAGAUGAUGGAACAAUGACUUUUUUUCACGGAGAUCUAAGAUAUGUAUGCUUAGCAUAAAGCAGGUGCCUCUUACUUGACUUCUCAUUCACCAGUGCGUAAAAUGGGUAACAGUUUUUCUAACAUAGCUGCUUUUCAGUCCCUGCAUAUUGUCUUGCUGGGUUUAGAUUCUGCCGGUAAAACGACUGUCCUGUACCGCCUGAAAUUCAACGAAUUUGUGAACACUGUUCCCACAAUCGGAUUUAACACCGAGAGGAUAAAACUAAGUAACGGUACCGCCAAAGGGAUCAGUUGUCAUUUUUGGGACGUCGGGGGACAGGAGAAGCUAAGACCGUUAUGGAAAUCGUACAGUCGGUGCACGGAUGGCAUUAUUUACGUAGUGGACUCAGUGGACGUGGACAGACUAGAGGAAGCCAAAACAGAACUGCAUAAAGUUACCAAAUUCGCAGAAAACCAAGGGACUCCACUACUGGUGAUAGCCAAUAAGCAGGACUUGCCCAAGUCUCUACCUGUCCAUGAGAUUGAGAAGCAACUGGCACUGCAUGAGCUCAGCCCUUCUACCACUUACCAUGUCCAGCCUGCAUGUGCCAUCAUUGGUGAAGGGCUCCACGAAGGCAUGGAUCAACUGUAUGAAAUGAUUGUGAAACGAAGGAAAUCAUUGAAACAAAAGAAAAAGAGAUAAAGACUCAUUACUGUAAAGUUGACCCCUAUCUUCUGAGCUGCCUGCUACUGUAACAUGACUUUUGCCGUAGUAGGUAUGUCAGGUGAUUCUUGUUAUGCAGAAGGUUACACUUGCAGUGUUUUUUUUUAAAUGAUACACUGUGUAUAGCUUUGGGGUAAUUGGUGAAGUUAGUCACUUUUAGCUGUGCUGUUACAUUCAAUCACACAUAGGGAGGAAAAUAAAAACUUGCCUCUUGCUAUCAGAAAUGUCCUUGACAGGCUGGUACCUGUUUGUUGCUGCUUCACAGUAUUUUCCUGUCAAUAUUUUUUUCCCCCUGGAAAGUGAAUGCCCUACACAGCAAUUUUUGACAGACUGGAGUAGCAAACAUUAUUUCCAGAUUGGAAUGAGCGUCAUUAAUCAAUAUCAAUGUGCUUAUAAUUUUUCCACUUUGCAUGCUCUGUUUAUGUCACUAACACAUUUUGAGAGAGACCGUCCAUUUCGUUCUAAUAUUUCCCCUACUCCUUUGAUAACUGGGCAAACAGUGCUGUUUUACAGUAGAAUACAAUAGCCUAUAUUGGGUUUCAUGUGUCUUUCAAAUAAAGAAGGCUAUUCAUAUUUUGCACGUUUCAUCACAAUGUUGUUGUUGAAUGUUUGUUUUAUGACUGAUGCCCAGCUGAGCAUUCUACUCAAUGCAGUGUCAGUAAGUGCCAAGGAAGAUUUAGUCUGAAGUGCAUUACUGUGGCUUGGAAACGCGAUGACAUUCCGAAAGGAAGCAAAUAAUUAGUACGACAAGCUUUUGUCAUUAUUGUUAUGUCGCCAGAUUGACUUUAGAUGCAGUAUAACUUUAGCUAGCUAGCUAAAAUUGAAGGGAGCGCAAACAUUUUUUUUGCUAGCUAACGUUAGCGUUGUUACUUAUUUCUUUACAAACUUUGCUAUCUCACGACAAAGUUAUUUUCUACUAAUUAUUUGUCUUCUUUAGCAAUAUCAUCGUAUUUCCAGGCCACGAUAGUGUAAUUUUAACGAAACAGUCAUUAGCCCCCGUUCAGAAAGACUGAGCAAUUAAAUCAGUCUGACAUCAAUAUGCUGCGGUAUCUGUAGAACGUUGAUAACAAUGGUAGCGACAUGAUGGAGGUGCAACCCCAUGAGACAUUAUGGUUGCAGUCCAAACAUUUAAAACACACACCCAAUCCCCUCAGCCCUCAAAAUAAGUGGACACUUCUGAUGAUGUUUCAUGACGUCUGACAAGUAUACACUUGCAGGGCAAGGGGCAAGGGAGGAAGGAAUGAUUUUUAAAUGGACCACCCAUGGUCGGAUAUUCAUCACUCGUUCAUCCUGCGAGGAUUGUGUUUUCAUAUAUGCGCUACAGUCAAUUAUGAGUGCAUGUCUACUUAUAUUAAAUAUAUAAUUAUUAGUCUACUGUAUGAUAGCUAGCAAAUUAAUUAGCUUACUAACGUUAGCCUGCCUAGCUGGAACUUCUGAAGGAGGAAAAUGUUUUAUUUCUAUAAUUUCCAAAAGAUAACCAAAAAAAAAUAUAAUUACAUUUUACAAGAUGUGUUUGUGCCGUCAUGUGCAUUAGUACCACAAUUUCUAACUUAUUUGCAUUUGUUUUUACUUACACUUGUUUGUUGACUUCUCCAUUGAUGCUGUUUUUAAGUUUUUGCGGACUUUUCUUAGCGGAUGUACAAUCGUCACUAAUUGAAUUGUGGGGAGUUUCAGGCCCCGGAGUAAACAUAAUUGUAGACUCUCAAAGCCGAAUAAAAACAAGGGCUGAGGGGAUUACGUUGCAAACUUCCCUUGCUUGGCUAAUCAUUUGAACCGCCCUCCAAUAUGGCGACGGCGAUUCCGCAAGGGCAGAAGGGGAGGGUAAGUGGACAAGGGUGUGUCUUUUAAAGGUUUGGACUGCAUCCUAUGUGUUCUAACUUCAAUAGUAUGAUACUCACCCCGGUUCUUAUUGCUACUUCCUCGGCUACAUUGGUAGUAGUUCAAUGAAGGUUCCAUACGUAAAAAAAAAAAAACUAAAUUUACAGUUUUUUUUUUGUAUUAUUAUUGGAGAAUUAAAGCUAGCCAACAAUAGAAAAAACAAACUGUAUGUACAGUAAGACAAACCAUUUUUUAUCCAAAAUUAAAAUGUUUGCAA